CGGCUGACGUGGAACCACGUGCUCCACGCCUUAGCUCUCAGCGUUAAGGAGUUUGUUGGCCUCAUCGCAAUUUUACUCUCGUUGAUUAGGAACGUGAAACCUCGUAGGGCGAUGAUGUCGUGACUCGAAAAUGUGGUCCAUCUUAGUUUUCAUUGCAAUUCUCUACCUUGCCGUCAUUGGCAUUGCCAGGUUGGUGCCCCUCCUGCUUUCAUGGAUUUGUAAUCAACUCUUCUCAGCCCGCAUUCAGGUCGGCACAAUCAAGAUCUUAUCCUUGGCCUUACAUGACCUCCGCAUCUCCAAGGAUGGACUCAUUGUUGAGGUGGAACGGCUGAAAGUGUCAUCCAGCUUCCUGAAGCGGAAUGUGACCCGUCCACUGACACUGACCUUGAGUGAUGUUCGCGUGGAAAUUGAUCUGAAUCAUAGGAAGGCAGUGAGAAGAGCUAAAACUUCUCCCAAUGGUGCUUCAGGCCCUGUUGCUAUUGAUGUCCCACCCUGGGCCCUCAGUCUUGUUCAAUUUGUUGGGUUGGAGGUGGAACAGGGGAGCAUCAUGCUAUUGAAGAUGCCCCACCCCGAGGGGAUGCUGAUUGUGACUGGUACCUCCCUUGAUGUCCACGGAACAGUCACGUCCCCCACAAACGGUACCGUCAUCCUUACCCUCAAGACCUUUGCCUUUCGUCUCCUCCAGGGUCAUUCAGCACCGUGCCUUGCAGAAGUCUCAUGCUCUGUCCGCCUGGAGACCCAAUUCACCACUGACACUGGUCUACAAGUUGUGGGUGUUAUAAUCCCUAAAGCAGGGAUUGAUGCAGAUCAUGCUUCCCAGCUGCACUGGUACAGCCAUAGUAUCGAAAUUGUUGUCCGAUCUAGAAAUGCAAUAACUGCAUUCAGCUCAGCUCAAUGCUGGACAGCUCAGUCAAAAGUGUCAGCUGGAACCAGCUACAUAUACCACCCUAAUACCAUCUAUAAACCAGCUGGUUUUAAGCUGGUUGUAGCUGUGUUUUGGAACAUGAAUCCAGCUGGUAUGAAGAUGGAAUUGGAUGUGAAAUGCAACAUCCAGGACUCAGACAUGUCAAUAAGUGAAGGCAUUUUGACCUUCCUUGCUGAAACCAAACCUGCCCUUCAACAAGACAUAGAUGAAACUCCUGCCCUUGAGAUGGAUCGAUCUUCUCCAAGGUGGAUCAGCCUGGUUCCACGGAACCUUGACCUCAUUGUAACAUCCCUGUCGGCAGCAGUGACAGAGCGCGACCGAAACCAGUCUCUUGGUCUACAUCUCGGCCAGAGCGUCUUCACCUAUCAUGUUCGAGACUGGGUGGAGCUCCUUCAGUCGACCGAAUGCAGCGUCUAUGUCCACCUAACGGCGUCAUCCCUGGAGCUGAGAGAUGGGCAUCUCAGCCUGGUGACUUGGAGUCACAUUGGGCACACGCUGGAACUCUUGCCCAGUACAGAGGUUGAGGCUGGUCUGAACAUCCAGUCCCUUCGUGUCAAUUAUUUCCACAGCAUUGCUGCUCGCUGGCUGCCAAAGCUUCCCACUCAGAGGUCAAACAACAAGUUGAAACUCUCCCAGCCCGAGCCCAUCUCUAGACGAUUCAGCAAAGUCACAGUGCAAUUUGACUUGAAUGACAUAGGUGGCUCUCUGUCGUUUGAACCUGAUCAUGUCCUGAAAGCAAAUAUUGUCAGGCUCAAAUCAACAUUGGAGACUGACCAAGACUCCAAUUCUGUUGAAAUCCUGCUGGAGAGUUUGUCCUGUGAUUUGAGACAAUCACCCUGCAAGUCUGAUAUUCAUCCAAAGAAAUUCCACAUAUGGCAUGUACCCCUUUAUCUUGGGAAUGCUGUGAUCAGUCUCAAGCAGCUGUCUUCUUCACGCUCUGUCAAGUCCUCAUUUGAGUACGUGCAGCUGGAAUGGAGUGAUCAACUGAUGGAGACCCUUUGCAUGAUUCAUGCAUAUUUGAUGCCACUUAUACCAGUUCGCACCAUGCAGCAGAAUUUGCAGGAGACCCCUGUUUCCCAGGAGACAAAGCAGGAAACCAAAGCUACCCAGCAGAUGACUCUGGAGAUGAGCAUCACCAACUUGAAUGUAUUUGUGAUCACCAAAGGUGACUACUGCCUUAUCUAUUGGCACACAACAAUGCAUCUUGCCUUGCUCCAUGCUCUCAAUUCUUUCCGCCAGUUGAUGGGUGCCAUCAUGUCCAAAUCUGGAGCUUCAGUACUUGAGGCAAAGGAAAGGUCUGAUGUAUCCAAAUCCCCAUGGGAAUUGAGGGCCAAGAUCUCUGGAAAUUUCUCCCUGCAGCUCUUGGUCUCCUCUGAUCAUACUGUGGAACUAAUCACUGGUAAGAAAUGGAGUGCUGCAAUGAUCCAUGUCGUGUUUCCGUACGAGUACAACUUCGCCGAAGCAUAUUCAGAGAAGCUGGUUGGCGUGAUAAAAUGGUUGAAGCAAGUUCACAAACGGACAUCCGAGCCAUUUCGGCCCAAUGCCCCUCUGCCACCUGACCUCAGCAUCAAGGUGAAAAGCUUUUUGAUGGAACUGUGUGAUGACCCAUUUGAAGUGAACCUGCAUGAGAACUACAUCCUCAUGGAGGAUGAAUCCAAGGAAAUCACCAAGCGGGAGAAUGUCCUCGAAGCCAAGUAUCGGGAACUGACAAGGAACCAUUUUUCCACUGAUGCAAAGUGGAAGGAGCUGCUGAAACAGCUGCAGCACCGCAAUGCCGAGAUCUACAUCCAGAGAUCGCGGAAGAUAAGGGAGAUGGCUCCACCUCGCACCCAGCUCUUGGGGUGGGAGAUGACUGACAUGGAUCUACUCAUCAUGGCUGAUCCAGACUUCCAUGGUGUGACCAAUGCCAUGCGACACAUGGUAGACAUUGACCCAGACAGUCCCCUGCCAGCAGAUGGGCUGAAUUUCUCAAUUCUCUGGUGCCGCACAGUGAACCUGGACUGCAAGAACGUGGGCGUGACCCUUCGGGAUUACCCCCAGUCCUUGAUCGACUUCACCGACUUCCACCUGUGGGGACGGCUACUUGGUGCCGAGCAGAAACCCACGUGGAGAGCGAUCCGUACAUGUGCAGUCGAGGUUGGGCACCCGUGGGAGAAUGCAACCGUGGAGAGGAGUAUGAUGCCACUCAAAUUCUUUUAUGACUUCAGCUGUGAUGUUGGGAGGCUCUCAUUUGCCUAUGGACCGUGUUGGGAACCUGCUCUUGCCCAGUGCAAAUAUCCCAAAAUUAUCUGUUUGGAUGAAGCACUUGCAGUAAACGUCUUUGGUGCAAAUGCCAUGCAGGUGAAUGUGGCUCUGGAGUUCAUCAAUCGACCAUCGCUCGACAGCUCCCCUCUGCUACCCUGGUGGGAC